AUGGCGGACCAGUCAAUCAUCCGCAUCACUAAGGAAAUCGGCGAGCUCCAGAAGAGUUCAGACCUUUCUCUCGCUGUAGCAUUUCGUGAUCGCGAUGUUCGAAGUGUCAAAGCCUUAAUCAUCGGUCCUCACGAGACCCCCUACGAAUUUGGAUUCUUCGAGUUCUCGGUGAAAUUCAACAAAGACUACCCCCGGAAGUCACCUGCCGUCACGGGAACAACUACAAACAGCGGACGAUGUCGAUUCAAUCCGAAUAUCUAUGCCUCGGGGAAAGUUUGCCUGUCAAUUCUCGGUACAUGGCGAGGAGAGCGAGGUGAAGAGUGGUCCGCCGCUCAGGGUCUAGAGUCCAUCCUACUCUCAAUACAAAGUCUCAUGUCGGCGAAUCCUUACGAGAAUGAACCGGGCUUUGAGGAUGCGAACGAAUCCCAUGAUAAGAAGAACCAGAAGGAAUAUAUCGCAAAGAUCCGCCACGAAACAUUACGCAUCUCUGUGAUCCAAAGACUGGAAGAAUACUUGGGAAUCACAGGAAGCUGCCUCUCACCAGCAUCUGCAAUGGAACGGGAAGAGUACGGCGGUGACGCAGACGACGAUACGGAGACGGACGAUGCGAGCGUUCCCUGGGAACCGUUUAAGGAUCUUUGCAAGCGCCGCUUCCUUUGGUACUAUGACUCAUACCUCGAAACUAUUACCAAGGCAAAAGAAGAGGUCAAGGACGGUCAGCCAUUUGCACGCAUGCCUUUUGAAGGAGCAUCUAAUUCUAUGGACGGGAAGUUCAACUACACCGAACUUGAAAAAAGAAUACGUCGGAUCAAGGCUGCUUUAGAUGCGGAGUCCGAAAGAUGGGCAUCAGAAGGAGCAUCUCCUAGGACGAAGGAUACUACCGUUGCCGUUAACCUUUCGCGACAGUUCGAACAGAUCAAGGAAUCCUUUAAGCGCAGCGAUGUUCCCCACAAUGUCGAGCUAGUAGAUGGAAACCCCUUUGUGUGGAAUCUCACCUACUUCGGACGACCCAUGACGAAUUUAGAUGGGGGUAUGUUUCGAAUCAAGCUCAACUUUAGUCCCCGCUUCCCUGAAGAACAGCCGAGAAUCAAAUUCUUGACGCCUAUGUUCCACCAUCGGAUUGCAGCAGAUGGUACACCGUGCUACUUCCCGAAUUCUAGCCGCCGUGAAGAUAUCAAGCAGCAUAUAGAAGCAAUCAUCGAGGCUUUGGAAGAGGAGCAACCCCCUUACGAUCCAAGAACAUUAGUCCAUCCCGAGGCCCAUAAGCUUUACUGGGGCAGCGCCGAACAGAGAAAGUUGUACAACAGACAGUUGCGCAGAUCGGUACAAAGAAGCAUGGAAGACUUCUAG